AAAGGAAAUAAAAUGCAAUUUAUUAUCUGCAUGUAUUAAAUUACAGCUAUUCCUGACAAUCACUGCAACCCUGGAAUUAUAGUAACACAACAGCUGUUCUUUGUAUCAGUCAUAGAUAACACAACAUUAAGAUAGUUUCCAUUUUUUAAUACAAAUUUAAUGAAUAUUUGAUAUUAAAUAACUUAGCACAUAAUUUACCGCCCAAAACUUUGUUAUCGCGAAAAGCAAUGGCUGCAAGUACUAAUGAGAUGGAGAUGUUACGAAAAGCAAUCAGAUUGCUGUACUCUCCUCAUCCAAACUCGGCUGCUGAAUUGCGAUUAAUGUUGGAUGAAGCUAUAAAACAACGUUAUGGGCCAGAACUUAUGAUAUCCAACAAUAUGAGCAAGAACUUAAUAGAGCUUGAAGCAAACUUUCCUGGUCGCGCUGCAACUCCACCACCACCUCAGGAGCAUCCGCAAACUAUGGAGCAGGACCCAAAUGUCGACGAAGUAAUUAAUUUAACCGGUUCUCCUGCUAAAACUAUAUCAGAUUCACCCGACACUAUCUUGGACUCAGAUGAUGGUGCACACGUCGGUAGCACAAUGCUGACUGGUGGUGAUGAAGAUGUUAAUCUAAAAGAAUUCGGAGACUUAAAUUGCGCCGUUUGCGGUGAAAUGGUUUUCACCGCUACUAAUCGUUUGAUCGAAUGUUCAAGUUGCGGAACGCUUUACCACCAGGAGUGUCACAAACCACCUAUUACCGACGAAGAAACAUCUGAGGGGCAAGAGCACAAUUGGCAAUGCGAUAAUUGCCUUAAUAAACCUUCAACUAGUAAGGCAGCCGGUGUUAUAAUUGAAGAGCCAAUUGCAUUGGUAUCGAAAACAAAGUCUUCGGCUUCAUCAUCUCGUUCAUCAUCCACAUCGAAUUCAUCAUCUCCGUUUGCUAUUGUACAGCAAGAGGUGCCUAGUUCGUCCACUGCACAAUCGGUACAAGUGCCAACAUCUUCAAGUAGACACCAUCACCAUAAAAGUUCUAGAUCUCAUAAAGAGGAGCGACCGUCAUCAAGCAGUUCUAAGUCUGGAUCGUCUAGCAGCGCCAUUAAUCCAACCUUCAAUGUUGUUAGUGCAAGUGAGAAGAGCUCCUCACAUUCCUCGAAGAAAUCAUCUUCACAUUCUUCUUCCUCCGGCAAAUCAUCUUCAUCGAAGUCAUCAUCAAAACACCACGACAGCAACAAACGAAAGUCAAAAUAAACUACGGAAACGUGAUUUACGUAAAUACCGCUUUUGAUUUUGUAAUUAUACUACCAAUACGAAGGAAAUAGAGUAAGAACUUUGUACGUUGAAACAAUUAGUAUAUAAUAUUUUUAAACAUCUACAAAUUGUGUGGAAAGCGAAUUAUUUUUGGAACUAUUAGAUAGGUUGUACAAAUAAAGAGGAACAAUUUGAAAACGGAAA